AUGGGUAUCCCAAUCUGCUCCUCCAAUUCCAAUCGCUUUACCCAUUUACUCUUAUGCAUCCUCCUCUUCUCUCUCUACCCUUUCCCCAUUUCCUCCAUUAACGUCACUCAGCUCCUCUCCCCCAUUUUCUCCGAUUUCAACUCUCUCCUCACCACCACCGCCCUCGCCGCCGAUCUCUCCGCCCGCUCCCCCCUUACCCUUCUCGCCGUCCCCAACGACCGCAUCCGCUCCUCCCCUUCCUCCGCCCUCCUCCCUGACGUCCUCCGCUACCACGUCUUGCUCGACCGGCUCACCCCCUCCGACCUCCGCCGCCUCCCGCCCACGGGAAAACUCGUCACCACCCUUUUCCAGACAACCGGCCGCGCCAUCGACAACUCCGGCUCCGUCAACAUCUCCCACGACCCGGCCUCCGACACCGUCACAUUCCGCUCCCUCGCCUCCAACUCCAGCGCCACGCUGCUCUCACUGAACGAAACCCUAGUUGUCGACGGCAACGUCUCCGUCCUUCCCAUCAGCUCCCUCCUCAUCCCCAGCAGCCUUGAUCUCAUGGCCUCCGAGACCCGGCCCCCGCUGGGCCUCAACAUCACCCAGGAGCUCAUCGACGGUCACAACUUCAACGUGGCGGCAGCGAUGUUCACUGCCUCGGGGGUUGUCUCGGAGUUCGGGGCCGAUAUGGCCGGUGCCGGCAUAACCCUGUUCGCCCCUACCGAUACGGCUUUCGCGGAUCUGCCCUCCUCCGUCAGGUUCCAGUCGCUGACCGCCGAUCAGAAGGCCAUCGUGCUCAAAUUCCACGUCCUCCACUCUUACUAUCCUCUGGGGACCCUCGAAUCCAUUGUAAACCCUACUUACCCAACUCUGGCCACCGAACAGAACGGUGCAGGUCGGUUCACAGUCAACAUCUCCCGCCUCAAUGGCUCAGUAGCCAUCGACACCGGGUUAGUGCUGGCAACAAUUACGCAGACGGUUUUUGACCAGAAUCCGGUGGCCAUAUUUGGGGUGUCCAAAGUUUUGCUUCCUAGAGAGUAUUUUGGGGGCAGUGGGAUAAUUCCCGGUGCCCCGCCACCGGACAUUGCCGCAUCCUCACUGGAUAAUGCUCCCGGCCCCUCGUCUCAUUUGCAAGUACCACCCCUGCCCGGGCAGACUUCGGGGGCAUUGAGAGCAUUUAUGGCCUGCUGGUGUGUGAUAUUCUGCUAUGUGUUGUUGCUAUAG